CCGGUCCUCGGGGCCUUGCGGUCCGGCAAAUCCGUUCGGGGCCAGCAGGAAGAGGGAGCGGGUGACAGAUUCAAGUUGGCCACAACGCGGAGCGUAUCGGAGCCUUCACGUCACGUUUGUUCGAUUCCAUCGACAGACGGACGAGGAAAGAAGCGAUCGAGCGAUCGAUCGAUCGUUGGCCCGACGAGCUCUGUGCAUGUGCCUGUUUCUGUUUUUCCUGUAGGUCGACGACGACGAAAGCCCGAGCCGAUCGAUUGGUGUCGUGUAGUCUUUGGCAUUCUCCGCACAAUUUCCGGACACGAGACAGAUUGGCAUUGUCGAGUGAGUGAGUGAGUGAGAAAGAGAGAGUGAGCUCUUGUGAGGAAGUGCGGGUCGCAUCGAGGUCUGCGCACGAGGAUUCGGUUGUGCGGGUUUGUUACGCUUUUUCAUAUGAAUGAGAGUGAUCGUGGAUCGUGAGGGGCUGGCCGUCUUUUCGUAAUUGGCCGGUCGGUUGGCGCUACGCGGACUAGAACAGUUCGGUGGGCAGAAAAGCCGGAGCCGAGGCCACUGUCGCUCAGGGAGAGGAGAGUGGGCGAUUUACGGGCUGCUUCGGCGACCGGUUAAUUGUUCUUCUCAUCGGGGAGGUUGGGUCAGAAAAGCGAACGGCGUAUCGGUGGAACGCAAGAGAGAUGAACGAGAAGAGGUGUGGAUGCUUUUGAAAGACAGGACGAGGUGACUCUGCAGCAGAGGAAGGGGCUCAGUGAAAAUGGCGCUCGCUCAACGUUGGACGAAUGGAAAUGAGAAGUCGGCAGAAAAUGAUCUCUACAAAGAUUUGCUUGAGAUAUUUCCGCUCAUGGAAACUUUUAUGGAUAAUAGGGGAAGCUACUCUUGGACUUCAUCAGCCCGUCAGGCUUCCUUGAUUGUAACUCCAGCCCCUGUGCGCCAACGAGUGGAUCGAAAACCCUUGCAAAAGGUCGAAGUCGUCAGUGGACUACCCAAAGAAAACCACCACAACCACCAUAGCAGGCCAAAAUCAAGUUUAUCCGACGACACUCACCGAUACAGGCUACCAUCGGACAAUCGGAUGUCAUGGAAUGGAUGUGAGGAUCCUGAACUUUCGCAGAAACAGACCUCUCGUGAAUCAAGCGAUGUGUUUAUAGGAAAAGGUUCUCAGCAAUAUGAUGAAGACUUUGUGCAAGAGGUGCUGGACGAGAAUAGCAGACUGCGGGCCAUGUUGAAGAAAGGUCCCUGGGAUGAGGACGAAGUCUCAAGCCGUGUGGCUGUAGCGGAGGAGCUGGGUGUGCUACGAAGUAAGGUCGCUGCUCUGAAUCAUAUGCUGGAGGCUGAAGAUUGCAGGAACGAUGACAAUCUGUUUUUGUCAAAAUCUGUCAUUGCUCCUUUGAAAAGUUCAUAUAUCUGGAAUGCCGACGAUUCAUUUGUCUGGCCGUCGGAACUCAUCGAAAGGGCAGACCGGGCAAAGCGUCAGUAUCUUGCAGCAAUCAUUGCAGCGCAAGUAUGUAAAGAUGAAUCUCUCUUGACUCUAGUUGCGGAAUUGCGAUUCCACCUGCAACAACUUUUUGCCCAAAUCUAAUGUGCCGUGUUACUUCCAGUCAAUCGGUCAGUUUGUGGUGCUCCUUUGGAUUUAAUCUUUCAGAUUCAUGUCACUCUUUGGAGAUUUUAGCUUGCACUGCUCAUUGACAUCUCAUUGUAUAUCAAUAAGAAUUGAGAUCCAGGUUUGGUACUGGCAUUUGUAACAAAAGUUAUACAUGACCAACUCAGGAGAACAUGCCAUUAUUUCUUUAGCUGAGUUCAGUAUGAUGCUAAGAAGUGGAGUUCUUACUGCUUCUUACAUCGCGCGCUCCAAAGUUUAUGGAGGAUAGUCGGCUUUAUCACGGAAGCUGGACUCUUCACCCUCAAGUGAAGAACAGAUCCACCAUCUGAUAUGCAGUCUGCGGUACAUGCACUUGUAUAAAAUUAAGUCGUAAGUGGUUUGGUUUAUCUUAGGUCUCGUGGUCUAGGUAUAGAUUGGAGUUAAAGGGUUUAUAGUCCUAACCUCACAGCAGGAUGAAUCUUACUUUAGAGUAGACAAAGUACUAUAGAACUAUCUCAAACUUCGAUGGGAAAUCGAACCCUCUGACGAUAACGCUAACAUCUGCAAGUUUUGGUGCUUAACAAACUUUCACAAUUGCGAAACGUAUAUUUGUUUGUAACGAACGGGCAAUCUGUAGAUACAAAACCAUGCAGGAUUCUGAUAUCUAGAAACAUAGAUUGAAACAAUGUUGUUGAGUAUGAGACUAUCUCAAUAAUACCAUGCUACAUCAAAACCUUGGACUGCAGAUCUUUCAUAUGAACUAAUUUCCAUUUCAUUGCCAUGAAUGUCGAUGUACUUGAGUGAAGUCUCUUCCAGUAUAUUUAAUAUAUCGCUCCUGUUUAAUUCCCACAAGGAAUGCUCAUGAAAUCAUCUUUUGAUCAUACCACUUCCUUGCAUAGAACAAGGAACUGCGAUUUCCAUGAUCGGAAAUGUUCUGGGAUAGGAAUUGUUUAUG